AUGAAAACACAUUUGAAAUCAUGUAGUAAACCCAAUGAAACAAGUAUCUGUGAUCAAAAAAGUGUUAAAGAAUUUUAUUCAUCAACAAAAACUUAUCAAGUUCCACAACGUAUUAAAUCAGCAAUAUUACGUUCAUGUGCAGAAUUUGCUGCUAUUGAUAAUAGAGCAUUUGAAACAAUGGCAGGUGACGGUUUCAAAAGUCGUUUACAACAAGUAUUUGAUGCUGGUCGUGUACUCAACACAUCUUCACUAGAUGUGGAAGCACUUAUUCCACAUCCUACCACGAUUAGUAGGGACAUUUCUCGAAUAUAUGAUAUUGUCAAAAGGCAACUAAUUGAACUUUGUGAAAAAAUGGAUAGUUUUUGUAUUAUAGUUGAUCGAUGGACAGAACAUUAUACUGGUAAGAAAACCGAUUUAUCAUUGUUGUCUCUGUUAUCAACUAGUGCCUUUUUUUGUGUACUCAAAAAGUGAGUACACUCUAGAAUCGGUCAGUGUGUCCGGCCGUCCAGCCGUU